AUGUUUCAGAAUGCUUUAAGAAGAUUAUCUAAUGAAACUCGAAGUUUUCAAACGUCUGUCAAAUAUGUGCAUUUUCUACGGGGCGUAGGACCUCUUCGUGUAUCUGCUAGGCAUUUGACAGAUGUGAAGGACGCACAACCCUUUGACACUUCCUUGCUCGAAUUUCUGGUGUGUCCACUAUCCAAAAAGCAAUUGAGGUAAGUCAUUAUUAUACAAAGCCAAUUCAAUACUAAUGUACUUUAUCCAACGACAAUCUUGUUUUGCCAUGGCUUAGCUGAGACAGAAACAACAAACUUUUUAGUUAGCUACGCGUUAGUUUGCCAGCCAACUAGCUAGCUAAUUGUUGUACUCUUCACUCACUCAGGUACGAGGAAAAGACCAAUGAACUCAUCAACGAGGAGCUUGGAAUCGCAUACCCAAUCGUUAAUGGGAUUCCAAACAUGAUCCCCACAGAUGCUAGAUUGAUUAAAAACGAUCCUGAAACACUAGUGGAACCAGCACAAAGUCAUAAAACACCAAAUACUUAUUAAGAUCUUGACCCUGAACCGUGUAUAAAAUAACUUGUAAGCUGAAAGUCAAGAUGUUUUCACUGUCUACCCUUACAGUACUGGUUCCCAUAGUCUCCCUAUUUGGACUUUUCUACUCUGCGACAGUGGAUGAGAAUUUCCCACAGGGAUGCACCAGCACUAGCAGUGUGUGUUUCUACAGUCUUCUGUUACCAGUAACGAUCCCUGUCUAUGUGUUUUUCUAUCUUUGGAAAUGGAUGGGAAUCAAGCUGUUCAGGCACAACUAG